AUGAUAAAGAAGGCACUCUGUGACAAGAAAAUGCUCAUCGUGCUCGAUGAUGUGGAUGAGAAAGAUCAGCUCGAAAAGCUGGUUGGGAAGAGCGAUUGGUUCGAAAAUGGAAGCAGUGUCAUCAUAACGACAAGGAACACGAGCAUUGUGACUGACCGGAUGGAAACAUUAGAGGUCGACCCUCCCCACUAUCGGCAUGGAGGUAUCUUGUCAUAUGAAGUCAAGGAAAUGGGAUUUGGUCAAGCGCUUCAGCUAUUCUGUCGACAUUCGUUUAGGAGAGACUCUCCUACAGAAGAUUAUGACAGCCUAUCGAGACAGAUCGUCUCAGCUUUAGGGAAGCUUCCUUUGGCUAUCGAGGUGAUAGGGUCAUCUCUUUCUGGCGUUUCCACUGACAAGGCCUCAUGGGAAGAGACGCUAAAAAAGUUACAGAAAGUUCCUCCGAAGAAAGUCCAAGAGACGUUGAUGAUAAGUUACGAGGGAUUAGAACCAACGCAGCGGAAAGUUUUUCUGGACAUCGCAUGCUUUUUCAUCAAAGAAAAUAAGAAAUAUCCGAUUUUCAUGUGGAGCGAUCGUGAAUACUAUCUUCGUGACGCAAUUAGAGUCCUUCUUAGGUCCUUGAUAAAGAUUGGAGAUGAUAAAAGUUUUCAAUGCAUGACCAAGUUAGGGAUCUCAAGAGGCACAUUGUCUAUGAAGAGAAUUGCAGAUUUCCUGGCAAGUGAAGAAAUAGAAGCACUGAGUCUGAGCUAUAAUGGUCAAAGUGAUGGUAGAGGCUAUACCUUCUCUAAUGAAGAAUUACAGAGUCUACGGAGUCUAAGGUUCCUCCGAGGGAAAGGGUUGAAUUUUGUUGGGAACUUCAAAGAUCAUUGCGAGCUAAGAUGGCUUUCUUUGCAUGAGUGUCCUCCGAAUUUCACAGCGACGAAUUUUUGCCUAGUUAAUUUGGUGGUGCUCGAUCUUUCCAAGAGUAAAAUUACUAAAGAUUGGAUCGGAUGGAGUCAAAUCAAGAUGGCGAAAAAGUUAGAAGUUUUAGAUUUGAGAAGCACACCUGACUUGUCUAACUUCUUGUCUCUCGAGAUAUUGAUUCUUGCUUGGUGUUCCAAGUUAGCCACCAUAGAUCGCUCCAUUAUUAACCUACAGAACUUGAGCAUUCUGAAUAUGGAAGGAUGCAAUUCUCUUCAUGAGUUGUCGGAAGAAGUUGGUUCUCUAAAAUCUUUGAUGGAGUUAAUCAUGCCCAAACAUUCUCUGCUGUGCAAGCUUCCGGAGACAAUUGGCAAUUGGCAAUCUUUGUCAAGUUUGAGUAUAAAAUGGAAUAAGAGAAUAAGCAGACUCCCACACUCUAUUGGAGUAUUAGCGAAAAUCAAGCAUUUGUCUAUAGAAGGUUGCAAAGGGAUCAAGGAGCUUCCGCUGUCACUCGGGGAAUUAGAAUCGCUGAUUGAGUUAGAUAUGUCAUUCUCAGGAGUAGUCAAUGUACCCGAUUCAAUCACAAAUCUGAGGAAGCUCAAAUUCAUUAGGAUGGGAAACACCAAGAUAGGAAAGUUGUCUGAUGCCAUUGGGUGA